UAAAGCAGACUUACAGAAACCCUACUUAAGCCCCUGUUCAAAUUUCUACUGCAUAAAUAUCUUCAGGAUUUUUCCACAAGUAUUCUACAUAAAAUAGAACUGUCUUGAGUUCAGAAAGUGUUUGGACAAUGCCCUCAGGCACAUGGUGUGAUUCUUGGGGUGUCCUGUGCAGGCCCAGGAGGGGACUCGAUGAUCCUGAUGGGUCCCUUCCAAUUCAGCACAUUCUAUGAUUCUGUGUCUAAAAGGAAGUAGAACAACUUUCAAAUGCAAGACCAGGGAAUGUAAUGUAUCAAAAUAAAUGGCCAAGUGUAGCUUCUCUAAAGGUGCAUAGAUUUUGCAGAAAUCAUUGACCAGAUUUCAUUUUAUAUUGAAGAUCAGGCCCUGUUAAAAAGACCUAUGAAACUUUUGUAGAGAAUUAUUUGUACUCCAUAUGGUUAAAUUCCUACAUGGUUGUAAAAAGUGCUUAUCAAUUGAAUUUCCCACUCAUCUAAAAUACUGGUAGUGGCUUUUUUAACAGUAGUUUUAGCAAAAUUAAUUAGUUCAUUAAAUCAGUUGGGACUGGUUUAAGUUUGUGCUUAAGGUUUCUUACCAGGUGUGAAUAGGAUCCAAGUUGCAGAAUGCAAUUUAUAGGCACAGUAAAAUUACUUGAUGACAUAGUGUAUAUAUCAAAGAUUAUGGUUGCUUUUCUGGAGUUUUUUUUACAGCAUAACAACACUAAGGUGGUGUGGCUGUUAGAAAAGGAUGUGGCCACAUUUGCCCACAUAAAUUGCUUUCAACUCUGUCUCAUUACAGUGUCUCGGAGGUCUCAAGGCAGUAGUUGCUGUCCCCCCCAAAAAAGAGGCAAAACAGGAAUGGGUGUCAUGUAUCUCUCUUUUUGUUGUCCUUUUUGGAUCUGAAAGAGAUGUUUAAAAACUUGAGCUGUUUUGUUGCUUUCCUUUCUGCUGUGCAGAGAGGAGUUCUGUAGCAUGAGUUCAUUCUUCAUGAGAGCUCAGUGAUGCUAAAGCCAAAGAACUGCCCACUUCUGUCUUUUGUUAACUUGUAAGAAGCUUUUGACUCCAGUGAUUGCAGUCAUCUUUUAAAAUAUCCUUUCAUACUGUAUAAUUCCAGAACACCAGUCAGGGCAGUGUGAGUAACCCGUCAGAAAUGUCCCUUGUCAGGAUUUCGGUCACAAGGUUUCCUCACAGCACCACAGGCUCUGGCCUCUCAUGCAUUACUUGUGUAUUACAUGAUCUUUGAAACCAGUGGCUCACUUUUCUUCUGAAAAGGCAAUUGUGUAGGACACAAAAGUCUUUUGUUUGCUGUUUGUAUCUGACAAGCAGAUUGAUUGAUUAUGUGUUUGAUUAGGUCCUUGGCUCUGCACAGAGGAGUCCAGUGCAGUGAAAGCAGCAUCACGUGAAUGUUAAUGCAGUAAUUCAUACUUCCGAGAGACCAGAGAGAGUGGGACAACUUAUGGUCAAUUUUAGAUGUUCAAGCUCUGAAAUUGCUCACACUGUAAACACCUCCAAACUCCUGGGUAAUACUGAAAACAAGCAAUACACUCCAUUGCCACAGUUUUAUGGGAAGAAAUGGAAGAAAAUUUGCUCUUCAUUAAACUAAAGAGGCUUAGCUUCUCUGAGCUGUCAGAUUCUUGUUUGCAUUUCAAAGAGACUCACUGAGAAGGUCGCAUACUUUUGGCUGAUUGUGCCUGUAUAUCAGUGGCAUACAUGAUUAGCUUUAAAUAGCUGUUCUAGAAGUCUGUGACACAGACCCUGGACCUUCAAGAGCUGGGGUCAUUAGGCCACUAAUUUUGCUGUUACACUUUUUUCAUCAUCUAUAUGUUAGGGAAAUCAUAAUGCCCUAGAGGAGCCUUAUGUAAAUACCGUGACAUUUCUUCCCUCCAUCAUGUUUUUUAAUUUUUAUUCUCAGCACUAGUCAGAAAAAAAGGACGUUCCUUGCAGAAGAUCAGUUAACUAAAGAUCAUUACAUAGAUUACCAAGUCUAUCUACCAAGAAGCACAUACUGAAUAAUUUCAAGUCAACAGGCAAAAUUUCAGUUAAGAAAGUGAUCUGACAACUCUGUAUUGUCACUAAGACAAGCAGUUUCUGCAUAUUCCAUUUCCAUCUCCUCUAUUCCAAACUAAUGCUCAGAUCAAGCUAACUGUAGGGAUAGGUGUUUGUUACACUGAAAACUUCUUGAAAUGUUUUUACAAAUAGGAUUUAUCAAGAUGUUUAGUGCACUAGUUAAUGUUUGCCAUGAAUUUUCUCCUAGCACAGUUCCACAUGCAUUGCUCUGAAUCUACUUCAUGGUAACUUAAAAUGCUAAUUUCUUAAUGUCUCUCCAUAGUAGCCAUGGCAUGAAGGAGACAGAGAGGAUCCAAAGGAUCCUGUGAAGAUGCUGAGGUCAUCAGCCCUGAAACUGGUCGAACAUGUUGAGUGAGAGAGGCAACAACUGACAGAAGCUGUGCCAAGCUGGAAAACAGUUGUCCCAGUGUCACCUGUGGUCAGGGAGGAAGUGGGUCAAAAGAAACUAACCAAAAGGGUAAAACCUUAAGCAACCUGUCAUCACUCCUUCCCACCCCUUCCUGUCACCUUUGCAAUCUGUUUGCAUACCAUGUCAUCUCUCCAAAAUUCUUGGCAGCUCACCAGCCUAGCACAGGCUUCCUGUCACGUGGAAAAUGAUUGCCAUGGCAUUUACCCUGUCACUGAGCACAGCCAGCCAAGAGAAGCUCGCUCCAAAGGCAAGGUGGUGCGUGAAGGUCAGAGCAGAGCUGCCCUGUCCAGGGGUCGUCAUCUUUUAUUUUUAAGUCAAAACCAAGGUCCUUAUAUUGUUGUUUGAAUGCUGAAGCUGUUGCAUUAUCACAAGGCUCAAGGUAAAAUCAACAGGAGCUGGCAAUACACUGAUUCUUUAAGUCACUUCUUCAGUGCCCUCUUCAGGACCUUUGUGCUCCAUGGCAAAUGGUUUUACCUUGGUCUCAGUUGUCCUUCUGGACAAGUUGGAGGACAACUUUUUGACACAUUCAUUGCUUCAAGUAAAAGAUUCCCGUCCACCAGAACACUAAAUAGCUGCAAUGUUUCUGAGCAUGAUCUUUUUGUGGGUAGUCCUGUGGUAUUUACACAAAAGAUGAAUUUCUGGUAUAAUCUUAGGAAGAAUGACUAUUUCACACUCCAUAGGAAAAAAUUACAUUUUUCAAGGGAGGGCUUGUGUUUUGUUUUUUUUUUUUCAAAUACAUUGAAAGAGAUAUCUGCUUAACAGUUUUUGUUUCUGCAUGUUUGAUCAUAGCCCUGUUGCUGCUUGUUUCCAUGAAAAUUGCAUACCUAUGCAAUGCAAUACCAUCUUAGGGUAUUUAUUUUUAGGCAAUAGUGAGACUGCAGCACAAAUUUAUCAUUUUUAUCACUCUAUAACAGAAACUAGAACUGAUGUUAUAGCUUGUGACAGAUUUUAAGAUUAAUAUUUCUUUAAAUUAAAUACAGAAAACAGUACAUAAAAUAUGAACCCUACAUUAUCCUACCUUUUCUCUCAUUUUGGUAGAACAUAUUUGGCUUCCUAUAUUAUGCAGAGGCUUCUGUGACCCCCAGUGCACUGCACAGGUGUUCCCACAGUGAUGGAUUCUGGCGUACAUCCCUUAAGUAGAACCAGACUUUGAAUUUAGGUAUGUAAACAGUCCAGAGGCAGUGAUACAGACAAACCACUUGUCAGAGGGCCAUUUCAGAGCCAGUAGCAGAAGCUUCUGUCCUGGAGGCUGAGCUGAACUGUGGCAGCAAAACAGGUAAGUGCAUCAGAGUAGAACUGGCUGUCCCAGGGUAGACCAAGGGUCUCCUUGGUCCCAUCCCAUCCCCAGCACUGCCCAGAAGCUAAUGAAAAGUCUAAUAAUGACCAGGCCAAGCAUUUGGGGGCACUUCCUUAGUACACCCUCCCACACAAUUUGAAAGUUAUGGACUUCUUGAGACUGAUGCAUUGGUAUUUAAUAGCAUAAAUAAAUAGAUAUUUCCAUGAAUUUGUCUAAUCACUUUUUGAAUCCACAUCUCAAAAUGCACUGCAUCCCCUGGAAAGGAAUUACCCGAGUUAAGCGUGCUUUGUGAAGAGACAUAUCUCUUUUUGUUUGUUUUGAACCCAUUGCCCUGUAGUUCUUUUGAAGAUGCUUUUUAUAUAGGAAAAGACAGUUUUGUGCUCUCACCUCUAGCCUACUGAUGACUGUUUUUUUUUCUUACUUUUUUUUCUCUUCCAGCCUCUAAAAGUCCUUGUCUAGUCAGGCACAUUCCACACAGGAGCUGUUCCAUACCUGCAAUUGUCACUGUUGCCCUCUCUGAACCUUGCCCAGCUUUCCUACACCAUUUUUGAGAGGGAGAUAAGAACUGUGCACAAUUCUAGACACAGGUGCAUCACGUUGGCAUAGAGAUAUUUGUUCUCUAUUCUGCUCUCCAUUUUGCAAAAAGUCUUAACACGAUGUGUUUUUCUGACACUUGCUGAGCACUAGGCUGACAUUAUCUUAAAACUUUUUUUUAAUUAAGGGAAUAACUUUUUAGAAUCUAAGCCUCAGAAUAACCAUGUCUUUCACCUCCUCUCUCUUGCUCAUGACCCAGAUAGCUUUUAGAAGACAAGGUGACCAUUGGCUCAGGUAGUUUUUCUGCCAGUCCCUCCCAGUAGUCAUUCUACCACAGCCUUCUAACAGCAGCUGAUGAAGGUGUGCAAACUCCUUGCAUUUUGGUAGGACUGUCCCAGACUGGUUUAUCUCCACUCCUUUCAUUAUUUAGCUGGCUUUAUUUGUUUAGUUUUGUAAUUUGUUACUUCCCUUCCAUGUUAGUUUUAAUUAGCCAUAUUGCACUUUUUACAUGGCUUCAUCUCUUUCUUCAAAGCCGCAUCUGUGUGCCUCUUGUAUUUCCUUGUCUUUGCUACAGUGGCUUUCCUGAUAGGUAUCUGACUUUUCCGGGCAGUGAAGCCUUUUAUUGGAGUUGGUGGACUGUUUCAAUGUGGGAUUUCUUUUGAUUUUGAAUACAAUAUAUUUACUUUUCUAAGAAUAAUUGUAUUUACUUUUCUAAAAGAAGCAGGGAUACUGCCCAAGAUGCACAAAUACAAUAGUGUCCUUUUUGAAAGAGCAAAGAAUAUUUUAUUUCAUGCAAAUCUACUAUUUACUUAUAACUUUAUUUUCUAAUAUUAGCCCUGGGGGGGGAAGUCUUAGCCUGAAUAAAUAAUGAGUGAUAUAUGUGAUAGACUGAAGAAUUCUUGCUUUUCCUUGUGAAGAAGGGGUUAACUAUAACUCACAGUCUCUCUCCUCUUGCAGAACUACUCAAGAUAAAGCUAUUUCUUGGAAGAAUACCCUUAGGAAGUUAGUGACCUAGAAUGAGCUUGGCAUAGAAGUGCCUUUUAGCCUUAACUGUGAUAUUUGCUGCUGCGAUCUAGACAAAUGGGUUUUGACAGGCUUCACAAACAGCUUGAGGUCUGAGCCUAUGAGCUUUCCUUGGGCAAGUAAAAGCUGUGGAGUCAGGUGUUUCUUCGUGAGACAAACAUCAAAAUUCCCAAACCCCAGGAUGGUGCACAGUGGGGCAGUUAGAAGUCCUAUCCCUUGUAAGACUAUGAAAAGGACAUGGCAAGCAGUGAAACAUGCUCCCUGCCAGGGACAGGUCAUGAAGUUCAAGCACUGCUUUGAACUGGGACCGAGGUUGUAUUUUUAAUAUCCCUUGACAUAAGGCCCGGGGAGAGCUGGUGAUGGCACACCAAGCUGGCAGCCUGCCUUGGGCAUCAGAAUAUGCUUCUGUGGCCCCGACACCUCCACCACAAGCUGCUGAGCAAUCUAGAGACAGGAUUUUGCUGUGGAAGCAAGGGGGAGCAGCAGAGAGGGCUGGUACCUAAGCCCUUCCUAUGUGGAUUUCUCCUGUAUGCACUGAGCCCAUGGUAGUGGGGCAGCUGGGGGGGAUGCACUGAUUCAGGGCCCACCUCCUCCUGCUUAUGAGAGGAAGGAUUUUCCUCCUACUCCAACUAUUUUUUCAGGCACUAACCUCAGAAUUUAUUGCUCGCUUGGUAAACGUAGCAAGUAGCCUAGCAGUUAGGGUUGAGUGGUUAUCUCCUGUGCAUACACAAGUGAGGGGUGAUGUAUAGAAGGCACACACUGGAAGAAUUUAAUCUGGCCCCUACAAAACACUCUGAUCCUUGCAAAUCUUUUAUUUCGUUUGUUUUCCUUGAUCCUUUUUUCAGAUCUGGGGUUUUUAUAACUGAAGGAGAAUUCAAAUAAAUCAGCAACCAGAGAAAAUGCCAAACAACCACAGUCAAACUUUCCCAGUAUUUUAAACUAAUAGACUCCCUUCUCAAGAUAUUAAGCCUAACAGGAUUUGAUUGCGCUUUCUCAGCCGGAGAAUUUCUGUCAGUACCUCUGCCAAAUGCACGGUCUCACGGAGGGAGGAUUUGAUAGAGAUCCAGGUUAAGUCAGCCUCUUCAUUCAGAGACAGUGACUGCCAGCCCCACACAGGCUGCAGCGAGGCCACCCAAAUGUUGAGUUUCCACUGAGGAAAGCCAAGUUCCCCACACUCGUUUUUUAUUUUUGCAACCGUAGCAGGGCUGUGUCCUUGGGUUCUUUCCAUGCCAAAUAAAGCGUCUGCACAUUUUGUCUAGUUCAUUAUUGUACUGUUGAGGCACUUCAUACCAGGAACACCUGCAAAAGUAGAGGUCUGAAGAAACAGAGUCAUUUCUGACAGGUUAAUCAACUCGAGGGUAAGAAAUUAUUGUGCUAGAUCUGUAAACACAUUUGCAGCUUGCCUUGCAAGGGCAGCUUGUGAAGAUUAAACUGGCUGGGAAUAUUCUGAGCCCUAGGCACAGAGCACUCUGUGAGACAUGGCUAACAUAAAAUGCUCCAAGGUGGAACCUGCCAUCCAGCACAACCACGUAAAUCUGGAGUAACACAGGUUGCUUCGAGGAUGUUACUUCAUAUCCACUUCACCCAACAGAAGGACAGAAUUUGAAUGAAUUACCCAUGAACAGGGAAUAAAGGACAUGUCCAGUAAAUAAUACAUUUCUGGGUUUUCUGCCCUUCAUGACUCUCUCUCAUAAAUGUUUCAGCCUCAGUCUGAUUGCUGCUUCACUAUGUCAGCCAAAAAACCAAACUGAGCAGGUGCAUUUUGGUGUUGUUCACAUCUGAGGCUGUUAAGGCUCAGGGUGAGGCAGACACACAGGAAAAACCCCUGAUUUCUGAGUGUGACAUUGUCCUCUCCAGAGCCAUAACCGAAAUGCCCCAACACACAUUCUGUGACUGCUCUUGGUCAGAUAUGGCUUUUGUUUAUUUUUUAUCUAUUUCUGAACUGAAAAAUAGGGGAAGCAAUUUUAAAUUCAUAAAAAUCAGUUUGGUCCCAGAGUGUCAAUUGAAGCAUUUCGGCAUUUAUGGAAUGAUUCAUUUCACUCUGAAGAAGUCAGUAUGAAGUCUCACAGUAUUUCUCACCCUGCACAAUGCCGCCACAUAGGCUGGCACUUGACACCAACUUCUGAGUAGUUUUGGUUCCUCCAAAACUUAAUUUUUCGGGGGAUGUUCAUUCAGUGAGUAAUGAGUCAAAUUUAUCCCAACAUUACUGUUGGAUCCUUUCUAUUCACUUACUUUAUUCAGCAGCUGCACAAUCUCUGUAACAAUACCUUCCAGAGGUAAGAUACCUGAUUAGAACCAGCCUCUGUUCCCAUAACUUGCUGCAUGAGGUCAGGUUGUUGUCCCCAUGAUUGGAUGCACCCGGACACACCCCUACUGUGUCACAGAUGCUCCUGGUGCUCCUGACCAGCAAUUCAACACUAACUUGGGAGCAAAAUGCCUUAGUGAGAUUUGAAGAGCUACAUCCAUGACUGGAGACACACAGACUGUUAAGAAACAUCCUUUUCAGAAAAUCUGAAACUACUCAGUUUUAAUUUCAACUUUCUUGCUGAGCUGACCAUCGUAUUUUAAGCCUGUCAAAUGUGUUUUAUCAAUGUGAAAUACUGUUUAUUUUUGCUCAUUUUUGCACUCUCCAGAUCUUUACUGAGCAGACUCUUUCCGGCAUUUCGCCCCCGAUGUAGCUUAUUGUAAUUCAUUGCUCGUGACUGCCAAGAAAUGACAAUUCCAAAAUACAGUUAUUUUGCUCCUAGAAAUUCCAUCAUUUUCUCAUUAUAGCCAGUCCAGCAGAAAGCAACCAGAAAACUGAGAUGAGCCUCUUAAAUAGGGCAACGAUGAAACCUCAGUUAUAGAUUUGUGCAUAAUUCUGACAUGUCCAGCCACAAAAGAGUAACCUUAGUCUCAGUAGAACAAAUGACCACCUGCACAUUCUCACUGUCUGAGAAAUUACUUCCUCCAUCUUGUCCAUUCUGCUGUUAUUUGCUCUCCUGUGUUCUCCAUUAGGACUGUCUUUCCAUUGCCAAAACCAAGAAAAAAAGGAUACGUUCUUGCUGGAUGUAGACUUUGUCCUCGUGUAGGGGUUUUAUUCACUUUACUAUUUAUUUUGCAGGAAUGUUUUAAACAUUUUUAAUAGUAGAAUUACACUGAUGAGACCUAGUAAAGGAGUAGGUAUAAAUUACUCUUGCCCUUUUUGCAGCUUAAUAUUCCCUCAGUUCAGAGGGAGAAAUUGCUGGCCUGGCAGAACCAGAUCCACAAGGGGUGGGGCGUUUUAAUGGUACUGGCACAGCUGGAAUGAUCUGGCUGAUGGGUGUAGACAAAAAACAACAGUUUUUUGUUGUCAAGGGUCAAAAUGGUAAUUAUCUAGAGAGACAGCAUUCCAUUAUCUGCAAUACAUUUCCAAUGUUCAUUGGUAUUCCUACUGGGAAGCAGAAAAUUAGGGGCUAUCCAUACCUGUCAUCUACAGAGUCACCUUGAAACCCCAUAAUGAAAUAUCAAUAACUGAGGAUAGGUUUUUGCUAAAAAGAUUACUGACAGGCAUAAAAUAACAAUCACCAGUAGCUAUAAAUGCAUUUUAUGUCUUGGGUAUUUUCCUGGCAGACUAUAUAGUCUUUCACUGAGUUAGGCAGUAGCAGUCCUAGAUUUGGAUAACUUGUGUUCAGAAGAAUAGCAGAAUGUUUUUUGAGGUGCUGGAGGAAAAAAAGUGGAGCUUAUUUUUUAAAUCAGUGUACCAUAAUUCUCCUUGGUUAGCACAACAGCAUAAUUCCCUCCACAUAUUGAGUGGUCCAUUUCAGUUUAUUCUUUUUGCAAUAUGCUGUACGUAAAGAGGAAGGAGAUGAGAUAACUCUUCCUGGAGAAAAUCCAGAAUAUUAAUUAAAGAAAUGGCAUUUUGGCAUUCAUUCCUUACUUGCCGGAGUUCAUGCCCAUACUGGUAUUUCAUGUCUUGCUUUCCUGUUAAGAGCUUUCUAAGAUGACCUUCUCUACAAAUGUCUUUUUUUUUUUCUGCCUCUAGAGUUCCUAAAAACAGAGACACAACAUAACCACUUAUUUGGCACUAGAACAGUCACACAAGGUGGACCUGAGUGUCAGGUCAGCGGAACCCCCAGUGGGCUGGGUGACAGCAUGGGUUAGUGCUAGACAGACUGGAGGAACGGCAUCAGAUUUGGACCCAAAAGAUUAGAAGUCACAUUCCUAUACCUUGGCACAUUGUAUGUAAAGCCAGAGUGCUUGAAAAACAUUGAGUUUCUCAAAUUCAUGAGGUCAGUUUAGGAUUUGGAGUCUUUCAGACAGCAUAUCCAUAUACACCUUUUUUUUACGCCUUCUUGAUUUUUGAUUCAUGUUUUCAUGCUUUUCACUCUAUCACAUUAACUAAUUCAAAGUAAACAUGAAGGAUGUUUGAAAGUGGACACUCUCAUGUAAACCAUUUAUGCCAAUAGCUGUGACUUUAAUUAAAUCACUACAACAUCCAAAUGAACCACAUAUAGUCUGACACUUUGCUUCAGAGGCCUAGGACUGAAAAUAAAGAUUUUUUUUUUUAUCAACUCACAACUUGCAAAACCCUUUUUGCAAUUGCUAAUAAAUGCAGCAACAUCUGCUGGUCAAAGAAGUGGCACAACUUUUAAUUCCAAUCAGAGAUUCUGGACUGUUUAUUUUACGUACUCGGUUUAAUUCUGCUGCUGAGGUGGACAGUCAGUUAAAUGAGCCAUCCUCAUUCUCCUCCUUUUCACUGUUACCACUUUAGGAAGCAAAUAUGCUCAGUUCUACAAAUGAAAAUGUAAAAAACCAACCAACCCAAAGUUCAGUAUCAACACAUAAUACUGAAAACAAAAUAAGUGGCAGCCUAAUUUUAUAGUCACAGCUGAAAGAUCCUAUUCAUAACAGACUACUUUAAGACUGAGACUCUAUCAUAAAUAAGAAAUGACUCUUGAACAGUAGUUCAAGAUCCUUGUUCCAUUUCCAUUGUCAUCAAUCACUUUCCAAUCACAAAGAUGACAAUAAAGUCAGUUGUCAUUUUUACUCUGGAACUAAUAAAUUCCAAAAUGUCUUUUAAUGAGCCCUGGUUCUCCUCUACCACGGACAGGUGUGAAUCACACCUUUACACAAUGUGAACAGCUUCUGCCCCAUCUGUCACCCCUGUGCCUUUCUCCACCCAACCAGCAUCUUUGGCAACUCCCUGCCCUCCACGGAGUGCACUGCUUCAGUCUCCCAAGCUCCUGUCAGGUGGGAUGUUCUCCCUUUAUUCCCUUCUUACCCUAGCUGGUACAGGAAUAGCCACUCCAAAUACCCGCUUCCUUCCUUUGCUCCACGCAGAGAAACGAGCGCUACUUUUUUGACUUUUCCGUGGCUCCUUCCUCUCCUCACUCGGAAUCAAUGGAUCGUUCCGACCGCCUACCCUGACCUUCCUCACCCUGAUCCCGAUCUGAAUCCCCCCGAUCCCUCUCUCACAUCCCGCGAGUCCCCACCGGCCCCGCCGCGCCCCGGGAGGAGAGCUCCCUCCUCCCCACCCCGCGUCCCGCAGGAGCCGCCGCUGCCCUUCCCCCCGUGCCGGCUCCCGCCGCUUCCCGCCGCUAUGUCGGUGUUCCACGACGAGGUGGAGAUCGAGGACUUCGCGUACGAGGAAGAGACCGAGACCUACAGCCGUCCCUGCCCCUGCGGGGUCCGAAUCCUCAUCAGGCGGGUGAGGCCCGGCCGGGCGGGCCGGGAGCGGCCUCGGGCCGCGGGUGCGCCCGUGGUCCGUUCUGUGGCCGCUUUCCCGGGGCUCUUGCAGGAGAACCUGGAAUGCGGGGAGGACGUGGCCACUUGUCCCAGCUACACCAGAGUUCGACCCAAAAGGUGAUCUCUGCUUCCCAUCCAGAGUGUUUUUCACGUGUUCCUGCCACUUCCCGGAGGACUGAGAGCUUGUUGAAAGCAAGACAUCCCAGAGGAAAAGGUUCUUUCUUAUGAUGGGUCACAAGGAAGCAGAGCCCAACACCUUGUUGUGAGCAGCCUGGCCUGGGAACCUCUCUGAUCACUGCCUGUGUGACAUUCCAGCUCUGUUUCAGAGAGCAAAGGAAAUGGUGGGUCUUGGUCCACACUGAAGCCAAACUUGGAAACCUUGGUAAUUCCACAAAAUGGAAUCAGCACUAUCUGCCAAGCCUGAGCAUCAUGUUAUGUGUCAUCUUGAAUGAAACUGUACGAAAUUGUGUAUUUUUGAGAAAAGACAGACAUCUUCUUGUAAUUAGCAAAUUAUAGUCUUGUGGUUCUUAUUUUGCUUAUCAAGAUAUUUUCCAGUGUCAAGACCUAUUUUGUUUCACCCUUGCCUCUCAUUGCUGAUUUAAGAGUUGUUCUUGGCACUAGACAAUCCUAAGAGUUCUGUCACGGGCUACACUCAGAAGCAGCAGCUGGAGCUGAAACUGUUCAUUGUUUAUGUAAAACUAGAAGUUACUUCCUUAACAUCAGCACCAGGCUCUGUUCCUGGGCUUGUACGUGUGCAUAUUUACGCAGACACCACAGACUGACCACAAUUUGUUACUCUAGGAAAUUAACGUUCCCUUUGCUUCUGCAAAUAAAGGGAUCAACAGCACACUGCCCUGAAGAAGCAGCUCUUGCCUCUGUCUGGGAGCUUGCUAGGGCAGCUGGUGAUCCAUCAGCUGAACUGCAUGAGCUCAGGAAGCAUGGAUGCUCAAUCAGACUUAAGCGGCCUUCCAAUGGUUUGGUGACUGAUUGGUAAGUGAAGGCAGAUCCUGGCAGCACAGAUGAUGAGUUUUCAAUGGGUAUGACACAUACACGAACUAGAUAAGACAACAGAAAGGCAGGGGUUUAGAUGGACAACUUGUCUGAUGAGAAAUUUACUGCAAGGCUUAUUUUUUAAUUGACAUGAUGAAUUUUAUGCAUCUACCUGCUUGAAAUACUCUGAUUAUGAAACUCUUUGUUCACUGCUUGGCUCUUGAAUUCUAAGCGGGCAAAGUGUGUGCUAAUAAGAGGGAAAGAAAGAGAAGAUGACAGAAUGCAGUGACCUGUUGUCUCUGUAGGACUGUUUUGCAUUAAACAUUUUGGUUUGACUACAGCUUUUGAUCGCUUUUGGUUCGUUCAGUAAUCCCAAACUGUAUGUAUAAAAAGAGAUUGACAGAAAUAGCCUCCCAGUGGCUCAUACUCAGGUGUAAAUAUCUGAUGCUCUCAAUCUUGAGAGAUGAACUCCUGAUAGUCAAAGUAACAUCUGAUUUUCUUUCAGCGCUGAGGUUAAAUUUUUUAUGUAAUUACUACAUUAAAUGAUGAAAAAGAGACUGCAAAAAACCCCCAGUUUUCACCUAGUAGCAUAUUAAGUUAAGAAAAAAAUACAGUGAAAAAUAUAAUACUAAAGGAUGUAAUCCUCUAAAGCUCAUUUAUGCCUGUAACAAUACAAAUGACAUUAUUAGAUUAUUUGUUGUCAGUCUGUAAGACUGAGGGAUUAAUAAAUGUGGGAGCAAUAAGCAGCUGUGAGCUGCCUGAAGUGUGUGCCAGAGAUCACGCUUUCCAGAGACUCUCCUUUCCAGGAAUUCUACUUCUGUAGUCCCUAUUCAGACCUUUCCACUGAAACCAAUAGAAAUUAUGGCAAAGGUCUACAAAAUCAAGCCUCCUAUAAGAUGUCAGUGGAGGCAGAGUCCUACUCUACAUUUCUGUAAGACUGUUAGGUGAUGGCUAAAUGAGAAUAUUGCCACUGGAGGCUUUCUGACUGGGUUCUCUGCAGACCAGCUGUGCUGCAGCAUGAAGAAAAUGAGACAUUAACAAAUCAUCACACAAUGAAGAAAAUUAAAAUACAUUUAACUGUGCACUGAUAUACUUUAUUCAGGGCCGACGUGCAGUUUGCAUAGCUUAAAAACACGAGCUUAAAAACAUGUGACCAAUGUUUGCGAAACACUCCUUUUUUUACUCUCUUCCAAUACGUUUGCAAUUUGAAUCAAACUGAUGGAGAUAAAAUGAGAUAAAAAGUCAGAAUCUGAAAGCUCUCUCUCAUGUGUCACCUUCCAGCUGUUAUGGAAACCUAGGCUGUUACUGUUCUUGUCUCAGGUGCCUGAGCAUAGCUCCAUUCCUUCCUGAGGAAAUCUGUAAUGGAAGCUAUUGGGUUUUAAUCAGCAGACAGUAUAACAGCUCAAUCAGCAUCUCUAAGGGAGGACCUGGAGGCACUUAUAUGUGGACUGAGAGAUACCCUGAACAUUUCUGUGCUGCAGGAUUUAUCAUGAACGUUGCUCUAACCUUCCUUCCCCCUGUUUAAACUUCAGGUUAACACAGAGAGAGAAACGCUGCCAUUGUGUUUUUCUGCGUCAGUGAUGGCACCCACCUCACCCACCAGGACAAACCCCAACCAUCGGCCAGCACUGACUGCUUCGACUGGGUCUUGGUUUAAAAGUAUGUUUAAUAAUACUUCAAGUCUUUAUUUUCUUCCAUUUGUCAUUAGCUGGGAGAGGAAUAAACCAGGCUGUUUAGUUAAAGUGUUGUCAACCAUAAGGUGACCUGUUCUUGAAUCUGACCUUUUAGCUCAGCUUCACGGGUGGGUUUGGCUCAAAGCAUUCAUUAUGCCUGGAUUGCCAAAUUCAAGGAAACAGGUGGAGUUAGACUAUAAGAUGUUUAUUUGUGUUUUGCUGGAAUUCCUUUGUUCUUGCCCAAGGCUAUACUUUGGAGGCCUUCAAAGUUUAAACUGCUUCGUUCUUGCAUGGAACAUUCUGUUCUUAUGUUUCUCUCCUGUCAGUGGGAAUUAGCAGAACCUGGAAUGUUGACCCUGUCUAAAUACAGAGCUGAAAGCAUGUUUUGUGAUGCUGAAGCCAUCACUAUUGCAUGAAAGAUGGGCAAAAAUGAGGAAAACACACCAGCACCCUUAGCAGAGACUCUUUGUUGAGCCCAUUCCCAUGAGGAGAAGGUUUCAGCAGAUGGACCCAACCACAGGGGCAGGGUGUAAACGACCACAAUAAGGAAAUAGUAUUGGUACAACCAACCAAUGCAUUUAAAAGGUAUAAAGGAAGGAAUCUAGGAAAAACAGGGAUAAAUGCUUUCCCUUUGGGGCUUUUUUUGUGUGUAAUAAUAAGCUGUGUUUAUAUUAGAGGGAAGUGUGCUCCAUGGCAUGGUACACAAUCUGUGUACCCUGGAUGUCGCUGUACAGAGACCUCUUAGACCACCUUGUAGCUCCCUUCUGGCCUGUGCUCUGGAGUUUAGUUUGCUUGGAAAUCAAACACACAUUCACUCUAUUACUAAACAAAAGAAGUAUUUUAACAAUUAUUUUCUAAAUGGUACCGAACCAUAUAUUUUCAUUUUAUUGUUGGAAGAGGUAUUAGGUAAUGUAUUUUUCUAUUGUACGUAUAUCUACAGCAAACCUUACUUUCUACAUUUUUAUCAUUAUGUUAAAAAGUAACAUAAGAUGAAGAUGUCCAUGUCUCUGAAAUUUAAUUCCAAACAUCUCCUUUCUAAACCAAAAAUCUUUUCAUUCUUCUUUGCGAUACAUCCCACUUCUGUUCAAUUACCAUAUUUAUAUACACAUUUUUUUAACAUUAACCCAAAUGCUGAAGGAAUGAUAUUCCUAGUGUAGUGUCCAAAAUAAAAUAAAUAAUACAUAAUUUAAAAUCUGGAAUACUUAUAAUUUUAAAUAAAGGAAUCAUGUGUCAAUAAAAUAGCAUUUUACUCAGCUGUUAUGCAAUUCAAAAAAUUCUCUUUUCUCACCCUAAAUUUGGGCAAUGGUCAGGGAUCACUUCGUGCUCUGGAAGAGGUUGCUACCAUCUUCUCAGAUGAAAGUUGAAGCAUUUUAAGAAUGUCACAGGAAAUUUUAAGCAACACUGCAGAAAUAGUAUUAGAUUCUGAUGCUAUCAAAGAAAGCAGGAGUAAUAAUCAGGAUGAUUGAAGUGAUGCCUGAAUAUAGUGUGGAAUUUGUAGCACUUGAAGUAGACAGGGAACUAGACACUGGGAAAAAUUUUGGACAACACUGCAAACAUGAUUUUUGUGUCUUCUGUUGUAACCAAUUUUAUAUGCUCAAUAUCAGUUUAUUAUGAUUUACCAAGAGCAGGUGACUGGAAGGCUCCGAGCAGAAUAUUCUGUUAUUCCUUCCUUUCUCUAAACAAUGUGCUGUACAUUAAAAAAAACCACAAUUUUUUCUCUUGAAAAACAUCUCAAAACCUAACUAAAUUUCCUUAAUGAUGCCCCCCCCUUUAAUAAAUACAUAGGAUCAUGACUGAUUUAUACUAUAAAUGCUGAUGUGCGAAGACUCCCAAAUCUUUGUUCUUCUGUCUUAGCUGGCUCUUGGGAAGUGUCAUCAUUAUUGAUUUUAACUCCAAAAUUGAAAGUACCCUAACAAAAUACUAAAGUAGAAGUCUGCUUGGCUGCUGCAUGCUGUGUGAGACCAUUCUUGCUACCUAACCUCAACUCUCAUUCACCCCUUUGAAAGACAGCAGGUCAGCAGCAAUGCAGGCUCUACAGAAGAAGUUUCUCUAGGAAAUUUGGUCUUUUGAGGACCAGCCUGGAGAGCCAUGACAGCAAGAAUCUACAGUUCCUUCUUGGCUAAAACUCACAGAGUGAAAGACUUAACUGAGGCUGCAAGCAAAUGGAAGCAAGCACCAGUAUUUUCUUCCUGGGCAGCCACUGUUGAAAACUGUUGUUUCCCUUCACUUGCUGUUUUCUGCCAGCACUUCGGUUACUGUAGUAAUAAUAAUAAACUCAGCCCAUGGCUUUACAAGAGCAAAUGGAUGCCACCAAUUCUGCUUAUAAUUCUCUGCAAAUAAGCAGAGAAGCUAAGCUGUUACCCUUCUUUCCACCACAAAAGUUUCCUCAGGAGUUGUUCCUAAAUGUCAUUAAAACAAAACAAAAAGUUGUUUUUUCAGUCUCAUUCUCCCAUCCAAAAUAGAUUGUGGACUGAGGAUUUAAGGAAGGGUGUGCCAAACGCUGAGGACUGUUAGUAUUCCAAGUCGAUUAGUGCCUAAUUAAGUGCUACUUUAUGCUCUGUGUAAUCUCAUAGAGGGUAGAAAUUUGACUCAGGCUAGUUGGAAAACAAAGUUUUUGCUAUUACAUGUGGAAACAUCUACUACUUUUAUACAUAUAAAACUUACUUUUUUUUUAUAUGAGUCGAGUGCACUGUUAAACAAGGCUAAACUCUUAUCCUGGUUUGGCUGGCUUCCUCUUACAGUUUCAAAAGUCUCACAAACAUUAAUUUUCCUGUAUCCUCCGAAGUCACAGAAUAUGCUGAAGACAGGCUGUCUGGAAGCCAAUUUUCCAUGUUGUUUCAAAGGGCAAACUUAACUGUCUUCUGCAAUAGCAGAGUUGAGAGAAUCUAUUGGUGCUCAGUCUCUUUAUUCCCUGCUUCUCAGAAUAAAUAGAAAUUUUAGCUAGAGCUGAAUAAACGAGGAGCCAGGCUUUUAGAUAAGAGACCUUCCUAACUUCCCUGCAUGCUACAGCAAACACAAACAUCUUUCUUGUCCAUGCAGGAAAUGCAUCUUAAAUCCCAAGCAGAAGUAAUGUUAAAUUUUGGAGACUUGACCUCCACAGAGACUUGUCAGUCAUCUCUGAUGUAGCCCAUGGGAACGUUCAAAUUGCCACACCUGAUUUGCGUUCUUGUUACACACAGACAAAACCAAGUCCAUCUCAUCUUCACUCUUUGCUGCCUCCAUGCAUUUGCUAGAAAGGACGUGGACAAUCAUUCCAUUCUACAAGGUGAGAGAAGAAGGGAAAGAAAGAACAAAAUAAAAAUAAAGGAUUUCCAGUAAAAGCUAGAAAAUUUUUAUAUACAGCAGAUCACCAGUAAGGACUUGUUGUUCAAAUAUUUUUAAGUAUUACUCCAAACACAAUGAGUAGGUUUAACUUUGUGCUCAGAGCAUGGUAAAUAUUCAUAGUUCGUUCUGAAGCUGACAGGAGUGGUAGGUGCAGAAUUCUUUUCCACCACUAUUUGUUUCCUGUGGCUACAGAUUGUCAUCAGCAUCAGCCUUGCUACUACCAGCCACAAAAUUUCACAGUGCUUCCCUUAGGAAUCAAACCAAAUUACAGCAGGAACUGUCCCAGAGGCUUUCUGCAUCCCAACAACUACAGUAACUGCUGUUUUCCAGCUGUCCCAGAGCAUGAGGUUAUUCAGUCCUGUAGGAGUUCCUGCUGGGUGAAGUCCACUGAGUAAUACUGAAUUCCUCUGAUAUUGCUCUUCUCUUACAGUACAGGAGGAAAUUUAAUGUUUCCCACUAAGAGCUCCUCACAAAGGGCUCUCAUUUGGGAGGGUUCAGGAUUCCCAGACCCUUUCUCUAUCCAAAAGAAGUCAGCAAAGAUUCACCCUGCUCUUAUUUUCACAACCACUGAUUCUGAUUCUAUCCUAUAAGACAAACAGUGAAAACAAGAACAUAGGAAUAAAGUUAGGAUCUCUGUACUUUGUAUUUCUAAAUGAAAUGUAUUUCAUAUAGUGUAAGUGGGCAAGAGGCAUCCUAUCCUAAGUUUUCUGGCUGAAAAUGGUACAGAAGUGAAACUUGCCCUUCAAAUACCUCAUCCCUUCCCCACAUGAAUGCCAGUGAUCCACCUCAUCCCUUCCCCACAUGAAUCACCCAGUGAUCCCACAGUCACCAUCAGCUGCCUUCCCCUCACAGCAGAGACACUACUGACCUCCUGGACAUCCCAGUGCUGGUGGCUGUUGUCUAUCUCCUUUGUACAGUUUUGAGGGAUAACCUUCCCGUGUCUGACAUCAAAGCAAAACAGUGGAGCAGAACCAAGCCGGAUUUCCUUCAUGCUGUUAUAUUCAAAGUGCUGGAAGAGGGAGGGUUUGUUUGAACAAUGAUGGACAGACAUCCCAAUUAAUUUCUAAAUGCUAAUUCCAAAAACAAUUUCCUGUACAUGUUUGUUAAGAUGCAACCCAAACAUGAGUGACAGAGACCCAACAACCUUGACCCUUCAAAGCAAUCCCCCCUGCUAGCUAAUUCUGGCAUAACUAUUUACCUAAGAAAAGGCCUUGUGAACUGCAAUUAUGUAUAAAGUAAACCCAUCCUGUAAUAAAAUUUUCUAGUUUAAUAAAUAUUUGAAUAGAAGGGUGUUUCUGGCAGUGUCCUCACACAAUGCAGUUAGAAAUGUGCCUGCAGCUCACCCUGAGCUCAGUGUGAGCAGGAAAACUUGCCUGGGACUUGGAAUAAAUAUCUGCAGUCAGUCUACAUUGGUUUGGCUUCUUUUAAAGCAUGAACUUUCUAGACUAAUUUCAGUUUGGGAGUCUACAUGAAUUUUCCUCCUGCUUUACACUGCAGUGUAGACACUAAACUUCAGUUUUAGUCACUAAUGGGGGAAACCCAUUCCCAUUAUUCUGGAACUGUUAUGUAUUUUUUACUCACACGCUUUCUGUUCCCCAGACACUACCAAAUAUACCAAACAAAUAGGCACUUAAUGAUGUGUGCUGGAGCAAAGUGUGUCUAUCAGUGACACAUGAAACAUUGCCAUUUUUCAAAUUACUCAUCUUCAGAAGUGUGGGCGUCAUUACCUUAACAUAUGCCUAAUUCUGAACACAUCAGUUAUUUCCAUGAGUGUCAACCCAGCUACUUACACGUUGGAGUGACUGUCUUCAGGAUGGUUCCCUAGAUCUGACACAAUGCCUGUAUACUCAAAGUAUACAUUACCUGGGUGAGACUGUCACUGCAAGGUGAGAGUUUGAUAGAGCUUUCUGCAGUGGCUUUUCCAGGUCUGUAAUCUGCACAGAAGCCAACACCAGUAUUGUAAAGCUGUAAGUAAAGAUUUAUACUGACAUAACUCACAAUUGGAUACAACCAAAAUAUCCUUCAGCUAACAUUUUGUAAUUGUAUCCCUUUAUGAUACGUUUUUGUUCAUAAUUCAGGCACUACUUUUUUCCAGCAUAGAUCUUGAAUAUUGAUCUUGCAAACUGAUCUGAUAUAAAAGACAGAGUUUCAUCACUGCUACCCAGUGAGUUUUGUUUAAAUUGGAGAUACCCACUCCUGGUUUUAACUAUUAUGAUAAUGGAAAGAAAUCUUUCAAACUUUUUAUGCUAAUGGAAAAUUGCACUUCAACCGGACACUGUAGUCAGAAAAAACCCGAGAUGUUCCAAAAGAAAAGAAACGUGACAAUUUCUGUCAUCUACACUCGGUUCUUGCACUCUUCUCAAGCAAACUUGGAAAAUAAAGAGCAGACAAAAUAGUAAAAGGACACAGUAAAACCCAGCUCCAGAUAGCAGACUGUGAAUUAAUUAGUAGACCUUGUUGCCUUUUUGGGGGAAACUCCCUUCUGUUAAGGCUGCUGGGAAUAAAUUGAUGUUUAAUGAAUUAUAAUUAUCAACUAUGAGUUAUUUUAAAAAAAACCAAAAAACAACAUUGAGAAUAUUGCCUCCUGUACACAGUCAGCCAAGGAACUGCUAUUGCUAUCACUUCUGUCCUUGGGAGAAGCGCAGAACUGAAGAAAUGCUUUUUUCUCUUUGUGCACAUGGAUCAGCACAGAGAUAUCUCAGCUGCUGUUGCUGUUGCCAUCUGCAUGAGGCAACACAAUUCUUUUCCUUUACUAAUAGCACCUUAAAAACCUAGGAUCCUCUGAGCUGUGACACUGAACUGAGUCAGACAAUCUGGGUUCAGUUCCUGGCUGUGUUUCAACAUCUAUGUGAGAUGUGUGCUAGCCCUUUGUCUCUGUCCUUUUCUUUCUCCUCCCACCCUUGUUGCAUUGUCUGUUUGGACAAUAAAGGUUUCAAAGCAGGAACAGCCUCUCACUCACUCUAUGCUCCCUGAGUACACGGAAAUGGCAGUGGAGUCUUUGAACAGUGAAAAACACUGAUCAUUCUUUAUAGGAUGUUUUCUCUUACCUUGCCAGAGAAUCUUGGCAUGUCCCCAGGUUGGGAGAGUUCAGGGUACACAUUUGAUACAAACCACUGGAAAUUUCUACAGCCCAGUCUCUUCUGUAGCUGGAGGCGCUCGCUGCAGUCUGGCUUCUCUG